UCCCUCGGCGGGCAGCCGGCCGGAACUCGCGAAUCAGAGCAGCCGACACAUCGCCCGCUCAGCCAAUCGCAGCGCGCGUGUGAUCCCGCGACCGCCCCGGACCCUGGCGGCCAGAGCUGAGGCGGUUACCGCGGGAGUCGCUGCUGAGGCGGCCGCGGGUGCGGGUGGCAGCGGCGCUGCUCCGCGGGGCCGAGCCGCGCUGCAGCUGCAGGCGCCUGGCGGUCAGGGCGGGCUCCCGAGUGGCCCCCGGCCGAGGGCGGUGGGACUAGCGGCUGAGCCCAGGAUGCCGGCGAGGCGGCGCGGUGGCUCCUCACUCAUCCCAGAUGUCGGUCAUCUUUCUGAAGUAGACUCUCCAUGGCCUGAACAUUUUCUGAAAAUCAUUUUGAGCAAAAUAUCUGUUUAAUAACAAGAUAACCACAUCAAGAUGGUUGGAAAGCUGAAGCAGAACUUACUGUUGGCAUGUCUGGUGAUUAGUUCUGUGACCGUGUUUUACUUGGGCCAGCAUGCCAUGGAAUGCCAUCACCGGAUAGAGGAACGCAGCCAGCCAGUUAAAUCAGAGAGCACAAGGGCCACUGUGAGAACUGGCUUGGACCUCAAAGCCAACACAACCUUUGCCUAUCACAAAGAUAUGCCUUUAAUAUUUAUUGGAGGUGUGCCUCGGAGUGGAACCACACUCAUGAGGGCCAUGCUGGAUGCGCAUCCUGACAUUCGCUGUGGAGAGGAAACCAGGGUCAUUCCCCGAAUCCUGGCCCUGAAACAGAUGUGGUCACGGUCAAGUAAAGAGAAGAUCCGGCUGGAUGAGGCUGGUGUUACUGAUGAAGUGCUGGAUUCUGCCAUGCAAGCCUUCUUACUAGAAAUCAUCGUUAAGCAUGGGGAGCCAGCCCCUUAUUUAUGUAAUAAAGAUCCUUUUGCCCUGAAAUCCUUAACUUACCUUGCUAGGUUAUUCCCCAAUGCCAAAUUUCUCCUGAUGGUCCGAGAUGGCCGGGCAUCAGUACAUUCAAUGAUUUCUCGUAAAGUUACUAUAGCUGGAUUUGACCUGAACAGCUACAGGGACUGCUUGACCAAGUGGAAUCGUGCCAUAGAGACCAUGUAUAACCAGUGUAUGGAGGUUGGUUAUAAAAAGUGCAUGUUGGUUCACUACGAACAGCUUGUCUUACAUCCUGAACGGUGGAUGAGAACACUCUUAAAGUUCCUCCAUAUUCCCUGGAACCACUCGGUACUGCACCAUGAAGAGAUGAUUGGGAAAGCUGGGGGAGUGUCUCUGUCAAAAGUGGAGAGAUCUACAGACCAAGUCAUCAAACCAGUCAAUGUAGGAGCUCUAUCAAAAUGGGUUGGGAAGAUACCGCCAGAUGUUUUGCAAGACAUGGCAGUGAUUGCUCCUAUGCUUGCUAAACUUGGAUAUGACCCAUACGCCAACCCACCUAACUAUGGAAAACCUGAUCCCAAAAUUAUUGAAAACACUCGAAGGAUAUGGAACUUGCAGAUACAGAGAGCUGACUGUGUAACUGUUUGUUCUGAUGUCAGUUUGGUCUAUAAGGGAGAAUUCCAGCUACCUGACUUUCUUAAAGAAAAACCACAGACUGAACAAGUGGAGUAGCAGAACCAGGAGCCUCUUCCGUACAUGAGGAAAGGCUGCCUUUUCAGCAAAGGGGAAUUUCUAGGACUGGCUGCCCCCUCCGAGCGUCUGCACCUUGGCUGUGUCUCCUCUUUGUUUGCCAGUUUCCUCCCACUGAGAGGAUGGAGGUGUCCACACACCUUUGGGCCUCGUGAGGGAUAUGCCUCCUGCGUAAAGAGCUCUUGAUCCUGAUUCCAUGCACAACCCUGCGAUAAGGAGCCCAGAAGGGACAUGUGUUUCCUGUUAAAACUGCUCUUGUCUUCUUUUCUUACCAGAUUAUGAAGUUUGUUUUCAAGGGGAGGGUUUAAAAAUGGGAUCCUGUAAGCAGACUUGCACAGUUUCCUUUUGAAAUAGGUUGUCAGUACAUGUUCUAAUGUUUUGUAGCACAUGUGUGCCUGUUUAAAUGUGUUGAUGUGGGUAAUAAUAAAUAAUUAUUUAAAUGAUUCAUUUUAUUUCUGAGAAGUUGGGAAAUUACCAUUAUACAUUUACAACCUAAUGACUUUUGUAUUUUAUUUUUCAAAAUAAAAGCUUUCAAUGUGAGGCAU